AGCGGUGGAGAGACUGGGCAGAGUGAACGCAGGCGGCUGGCAUGCUUGAAUGUCAAACUUUUCAAUUUCUAACCUCUUCAAACUCACAAAUACGGAUUUUGUGAUCUACACCCUCUUCACUUUGAAUAACACGGGACCACCAAAGAAAUUUUUUCUGACCAGCGGACAGCGGCGAAGACACAAUCGACUGCUGUCCGACGUCCAAUCGGGAAAGCAGUCUCGAGGCGAUUCGAGCUGCUCCUGCGAUCACCACACGUUCAAAGGAGCUCACAUUGGAUUGUCCUUAUCUUCCGACUGUUUACUAACUAGAUAGUUAUUCUAACCAUAAAGUCGCGACCCUAGGACUCUGACGGUUCUAACGUUACCUUGCAAGGAAUAAUUGCUGUUGCCUACUCGUAAUCGUGGACGGAGGUUGAGGCGUUGUGGAGACAAAAGGAUAAGGAGAUUAAAAAUCAGCACCCAGAUCGAAAGCGCAAAAGGAUUGGGUCGAAGAGUGUUUUCCUCCGACUGAAGACUGGGCUUUGUCCGAGCGCCUGUGUGUGCUGGGAGGGGUGGCGGGCCGUUGCUCAUCUGCUCGGAUUACUGGAAAACGCCAGAUUUCCUGGAUUUCCCCUUUGAAAGGAUACAUUGAAGAUGUAUCCACAAGGCCGGCAUCCGGCCCCUCAUCAGCCAGGUCAGCCUGGAUUCAAAUUCACAGUUGCAGAAUCCUGUGAUAGGAUCAAAGACGAGUUCCAAUUUCUGCAAGCCCAAUACCACAGUCUGAAGGUGGAGUAUGACAAACUGGCCAACGAAAAGACAGAGAUGCAGAGGCAUUACGUCAUGUACUACGAAAUGUCUUACGGGCUCAAUAUCGAAAUGCACAAACAGACUGAGAUCGCCAAGCGUCUCAAUGCCAUUCUUGCUCAAAUCAUGCCUUUCCUGUCACAAGAGCACCAACAGCAGGUGGCUCAGGCUGUUGAGCGUGCCAAGCAAGUGACAAUGACCGAGCUGAAUGCCAUCAUCGGGCAACAACAACUCCAGGCGCAGCACCUGUCCCACGCGGCCCACGGUCCGCCCGUCCAGCUCCCGCCCCACCCCUCGGGUCUGCAGCCGCCUGGCAUCCCUCCCGUCACCGGCGCCGGCUCCGGCCUGCUCGCCCUCGGGGCCCUGGGCAGCCAGCCGCACCUGCCCGUCAAGGACGAGAAGAACCACCACGACAUGGAGCACAGAGAACGAGAGUCGAGUACGAAUAACUCCGUAUCCCCGUCAGACAGCCUAAGAGCCAAUGAGAAGCACCGAGGGUCGUCCGACUACAGCCUGGACUCCAAGAAGCGCAAAGUGGAGGAGAAGGACAGCAUGAGCAGAUAUGACAGCGACGGGGACAAGAGUGACGAUCUGGUGGUGGACGUGUCCAAUGAGGACCCAGCGACCCCCAGAGCGAGCCCGGCCCACUCGCCCCCAGAGAACGGGCUGGACAAAUCGCGAGCGCUGAAGAAGGACGCUCCCAACAGCCCCGCCUCUGUGGCCUCCUCCGGCAGCACCCCCUCCUCCAAAGCCAAGGAGCACUCCCACAAUGACAAGUUCACACCGGGCCUGAAGUCCAACACCCCCACCCCACGUAACGAUGCCUCCACCCCCGGAACCAGCACCACCCCUGGGCUGCGGCCCAUCCCUGGCAAACCCCCCGGCAUGGAGGCUCUAGCCCCUGCUCUGCGGACCCCAUUGUCCAUCUCCUGCUCGUACUCCACCCCCGUCAUGAUGGGCCACCACGAGAUGAACGGCUCGCUGACAAGCCCCGGGGUCUACGCCGGCCUGCACAUCUCCCCCAGAUGAGCGCAGCUGCCAGCCGCCGCCUACGGCCGAUCGCCGCAGGCGGGGUUUGAUCCACACCCUCACAUGAGAGCCCCAUGCCUCCCAACCAGCCUCACCUCCAUCUCCGGAGGAAAACCUGCCUACUCCUUCCACGUGAGCGCAGACGGGCAGAUGCAGCCGGUGCCCUUUCCCCCGGACGCUCUGAUUGGGCCGGGCAUCCCGCGUCACGCGCGGCAGAUCAACACGCUGAGCCACGGCGAGGUGGUGUGCGCCGUCACCAUUAGCAACCCCACGCGCCACGUCUACACCGGCGGCAAGGGCUGCGUCAAGAUCUGGGACAUCAGCCAGCCGGGCAGCAAGAGCCCCGUCUCCCAGCUCGACUGCCUGAACCGUGACAACUACAUCCGCUCGUGUAAGCUGUUGCCGGACGGCCGCACGCUCAUCGUGGGUGGGGAGGCGAGCACGCUGACCAUCUGGGACCUGGCGUCGCAGACGCCGCGCAUCAAGGCCGAGCUGACCAGCUCGGCUCCCGCCUGCUACGCCCUGGCCAUCAGCCCCGACGCCAAGGUGUGCUUCUCCUGCUGCAGCGACGGCAACAUCGCCGUCUGGGACCUGCACAACCAGACGCUCGUCAGGCAGUUCCAGGGCCACACGGACGGCGCCAGCUGCAUCGAUAUCUCCCACGACGGGACCAAGCUGUGGACGGGCGGCCUGGACAACACGGUCCGCUCCUGGGACCUGAGGGAGGGACGGCAGCUGCAGCAGCACGACUUCACCUCACAGAUCUUCUCCCUGGGCUACUGUCCGACGGGCGAGUGGCUGGCUGUGGGCAUGGAGAGCAGUAACGUGGAGGUUCUGCACCACACCAAGCCAGACAAGUACCAGCUGCACCUCCACGAGAGCUGUGUACUCUCACUCAAGUUUGCCUACUGUGGUAAAUGGUUCGUGAGCACGGGGAAGGACAAUCUACUGAAUGCCUGGAGGACCCCCUACGGCGCCAGCAUAUUCCAGUCGAAGGAAUCCUCCUCCGUCCUGAGCUGUGACAUCUCCGCCGAUGACAAGUACAUUGUGACGGGCUCUGGUGACAAGAAGGCCACUGUUUACGAGGUGAUCUACUAACUCCGAGGCGCCCAGGACUCCAGCCCUGCUUUUGGGCUUGGACACAGGGGGGCUGCUCAGACUCCCCUUGCACUCAACUUCCCACACCAGGACCUCCUCUACCCACCCACCCACCCCCCCACCCCCGCCCGUGGCGCGCUAUGCCGGACUCUCCGCGGGGCACCGGCUAACUUCGGAUUGUUGAACGGAGACAGCGAUGUCCCUUUGCCUCGUAUCUUACCGUGGAUUUUUGGCUUCAGUCUUCAGUCAGUAGAGGCUUGCAGAUCUAGCUAACACGUCCACGCCGAGUGCAGCUCCUUUGGCACUAAAGAAGUAAAUAUUGUCAUGCUGUUUUUGAAUCAUUCUUUUUUUUUUGGAGGUGGGUGGGG